AUGGCUGUGGUUAUGAACACUCGAGAACCUGCUACGCUGGAAAGCGUCGAAAAGAAUUCCAAAGCAGAAGCUGAUUUAAACCUGGUACAGAGCCAUGUUAGAGACCUUGAUGCUCAGCUGAACGCAAAGGAAGCUGACUUAGCCACAGCUCUGAAUGAGAAGCAACGUUUGGAGAAUGACCUUCGUGAAUUAAAGGAUCAUGUAGUCACUCUGAAGUCGUCACUAGAAGAUACCAAAAAGCAUCUCCACAAUGAAAUGCUGAAGAGGGUGGACCUGGAAAAUCAUAUGAAAAAUUUGCAGGAACAACUGACAUUCCAGAAGUGCCUUCAUGAAGAUGAGCUCAAGGAGGCAAAAAGAGUCCAUGAGAGCAUGAUAGCAGAAAUAGAAUCUGUCCAACAGAGAGAAUUUGAGAGCAAGCUUCUGAAUGCUCUGCAGAGUCUCAGAAAAGAACAAGAAGAACAAAUUCAAGGGUACAAAGAGGAGCUGGUGCGAACAUUUGGUCAAAAAGUGGAGAAUGCUCAGCUGUCUGCAGCAAAAAAUAUCAACCUGGCCAAUGUUGCUCGGGAGGAGCUGAUGGAAACAAAACUAAGAAUUGAUAAUCUGACUUCUGAAAUGGAUCGUUUUCAAAGCAAGAAUGUUGCUUUGGAGAACAGAAUAAGGGAGCUACAGGAGAUGUUGGAUUAUGAUCAGGAUCUCCAUCGAAGGCGUAUGGCUGAAAAGGAGAAGGAAAUCAAAGAAGCUCAGGAGCAGGCACAAGCACAACUGGAAGAAUAUGAGCAUCUCUUAGACGUGAAACUGGCUCUCGAUCUGGAAAUACGUACCUACAGACAGUUGCUGGAAGUUGAGGAACAGAGGCUGAAGCUGUCACCAAGACCGUCUUCACACAGCACUGCAAGUCAAGCAGCAAGUCAAGGGCAACAGUUCCUGCAUGGAAGGAAAAGGAAAAUGAAAGAAGCCAAAACGAGAGGGCAUAGUGCUGGAUUUAAGAAUAUUCAGCAUGGUUCAUCUUCUGGAAGUCUAUCUAUUGAAGAAAUCGAUGCAGAUGGAAAAUUUGUCAGGCUUAAAAACAACUCUGACAAGGAUCAACCUCUACGUGGAUGGGUGUUAAGAAGACAUCUGGGAAGUGUGUCAGAUGUAACAUACAAAUUUCCUUCACGCUUCACUCUCCGGGCAGGCCAAGUAGUUACAAUCUGGGGUGCAGCUGCUGGUGCAAGCCCAGGUCCUAACGAUCUGGUCUGGAAGUGUCAGAAUUCUUGGGGAUCUGGGGCCAACAUUGAUGUUACACUCAUCACAGAUGCUGGUGAGGAACUUGCAGAGAGGAGGAUGAUGCACAUACCCAGGGGAGAAGAAAGCAGUGAGCAAGAUGAUGUUUUUGAAGAAGUAACUGGAAGUGAAAUGGAGUUUCCACCUCAGAUGUCUGACUGCGAAUAA